UUUGUUAUAUUUAUUAUUGUAAUAUUGUUGUUAUUUCUUUAUACCAUAUUUGCGUGUAAAUUGAAAGCUACUUAUUAAAUUAAAUCUGACGUUUUAUACGCGCACAGCGCCCUCUGCUGUACAGGUAUAUAAAACAUUUUAAACCCGUGACUCUUAUUUAUUUUCUUUGCCAAUCACAUUCUAACAUGUCAUUUCCUAAUUCCUACUAAAACACAGUGUGUCAAUAUUUAUUAGGAAGUGAAACUGCUUGCACCUGUCGCUAUAUGUAGCUUGCUUUUUCUCUUUGCUCGCUUAAUUUGCUCUCAAUUAAACAACUUUCUACGUUUGUGUUUUCAUCAUUUUUUUACAUUGUACCCUCGUGUCUCUGUGGUGAAAUGGCACUUGAAGAGGAUCUGUCGUGUCCCGUGUGUACGGAGCUCUUCCGUGAGCCCGUGUUAUUGAGCUGUGGACACAGUUACUGCCGUCGGUGUAUUACCGAUCAUUGGACGACGAGCCGCUCCAGAAGUUGUCCGGUCUGUCGCCAGCUCUCCCCGCACGAGCCUCUCUCCAAUCUGAGCCUUCGCAACGCCUGCGAGACGUACGUGAAAGAACGCAGGUCCGGCAAACAGAAGGAUAAAGGUCUGCUGUGUCACAUACACGGAGAGAAAGUUCAGCUCUUUUGCCAAACAGACGAACUGCCCAUAUGUGCGGAGUGUAAAAAACACGAGCACAAAUACCACAAAACACAAACUCUGCAGCAAACUUUGCGCCUGCGCAAGGGGAAGCUUAAAGCAGCUCUACGUCCAGUUGAGAAGACCCUAUUAUCAUUACAGAAUGGUACAUCACAGGAUGGUGAAAUCUCUAAAUACAUUCAGACUCAAACUCGGCAGACUGAAAAGAAACUCAAGGAAGAGUUCAGGAAGCUUCAUCAGUUCCUCAAAAGGGAGGAGGAAAACAGGAUAGCUGCUCUGAAUAAAGAAGAGAAAGAAAAGAGAGGAAAGAUGGAGAGAAGAAUAAAGGGAAGAAUACAGUCACUCUCAGAUAUGAUCAGAGAGGUGGAGGAGGAAAUCAUGGAUGAUGACAUCAACUUCCUUCAGAAUUACAACAGCAUUAUGAACAGAAUUGAGUACACAAUCCUAGAUCCAUGGCUGUGUUCAGAAGCUUUAAUUGAUGUUUCUAAACAUCUGGGAAACCUGAAGUACAACGUGUGGGAGAAGAUGAAGGACAUCUGCCCUUAUUAUCCCAUGACUCUGAACCCAAACACAGCUGCACCAUGCUUCUCAGUUUCUGAUGAUCUGACCUCUGUGACCUCGUGUGUUCAUCAACAGGAUGAUCCCAACCCUCUUGGUUUCUACAGAAACUGGUUGGUGUUGGGAAAUGUGGGAUACAGUGAUGGAGUUCAGACAUUCACAGUUGAGGUGGGAAACAGUCGAAACUGGACCCUUGGAGUGUGUCUUGAACCUUUGACCAUUGUAAACAACGUCUAUGGUGUCAGACGUAAUGGAGACUUAUACAAUUUAAUGACCACUCCGAUAAUGUUUAAGGUAAAGACGAAUCCCAAAGUAGUGCAAGUGAAGAUUGAGGAUGAAUAUGACCUGUGGGGCAGAAGUUGGAGGAAAGUGAGUUUUAUUGAUUUUAAAACUGAUCGCCAGUUUGCACAAUUUACUAGACUGCCUUCAGGGGGGAAACUCUUUCCGUUUGUGAUCCCAGGAGAGCAUUCCUGUCCGCUGCGUUUAGUCCCGGUUGAUGUAACUUUGACUACUGAACAGACUGAGCAAAAACUUUCCUUUCAGCAGAAACAUAAAAUCUUACUAUAUGUCUGUUUUUCUAUUAUGGUUGUAUUGGUGAUUCUGACAUUGAUUGUAAGGGGAAUAAAUGAUGAAUUGGAGUUGCUCUGAAUUGGGUAUUUAUGUUAUUUCAGUAGAUAUUUUCUUGUCAAGUAAAACAUGAGUUUAACCAGCAGGAGACUUGACUUGGACUCUAAAUACUCGUCUGAACUAAUAAUGACUUAAUUUAUCAAUAAAUUAAAAUAAAGGUGGAGUUUGGUGGUGAGAUGCCAGAUAAAUAUAGUAGUGACGUGGAAGCAAAGGAAUAAAUGCUUUUAGAAUUUAUAUAUUAUAUACUUUUAUUAUGUAAAUUAGUUUUGAAGUUUCAGCAGUCAGGUGCUUUGUUUCUUAGUGAUGUGUAUAAUCUAACAGUAUCUGAUUUGUGUGUUUUAUUUC